AUGUGGGCGGCAAUAAAUCGAAUAGCGCGAGCAGAUCCGGCUAUGUUGGAGACGGUAACGUGUGUCGAUCAAAUCGAAUCAUUACUGUAUGUUUGCUUUAUCUCAUCUAAUUUCUACCAUUUCACCAAUUUUAUUGACUACAGAACGCCAAUUUCUCGUCUACGGGCUUUCCUUCGAUUAGCCAUGAUGCAGAAGAAGCUUUUCGAUUUUUUCAAUGUUAUUGCCAACUCGCCUCAGUUGAGCACGUUUUAUGAAUCCUGGGCUCUUUUGCGACAAGAAGAGAUAGUGCAGCUUACCGGGGCAUUGCUUGGGUUGUCAGUUGUCGAUUGCAAUUUAGUGUUAGAGCACGAUCAUCUACAGGAUCAACCGCUAAGCGUCGAUCUAUCCUUAUACAUACGCAUACCAACCGUCCCAACUGAAGGAGCCGAUGAUGUCACGGCAAAUGGAACUUCUACUAUCAAUAAAGACAAGAAAUUAUUACUCGAUCAGAACAACUACUUGGAAGAAAGGAAUAGACAAUUACAGUGCAAUGUUGAAAAUCUCAAGAAAAGAAUCAGCGUUUUGGAAAGUGACAAAGAAGCAGCGGCUGUGACUGUGGAGAAAGAGGAUUUGCUAACCCUUUUGCAAUGA